AUGCUGGCCAUCAACCUCGGCGAAGCGUGCCUCUGGUUAGCGGCCGGAGAUGACGUGGUCGGUCGCGACACCAACGGCGCGUACACGCUGUACUACGUCCUGCGCAUCUAUGCGUAUCCCGAGUGGCUCUGGCUCAAGCUCGCGUAUCGACUAUGCUUGACGUGCUAUCUACUCUUGUUGCUCUGGCGUCGGUACUAUGGUCCGUACGUCCAGCUCGAGCGCGUCCUUGCUGUCCAUGGUCACCGCACCGACUUGGAAAAUCUCGGUGCGUGGCGCUAUACAAUCGUGCUCGGCGAUCCGACGGCGCUGGUCCUGAUGAGCACCAACGUCGCACUCGCCUUUCUGGUCGACAUUUGGAUCAGCUCGGACACGCUCGGCGUGGCGAUUCUUCGGUCGAGUCAAAACCAAGACCUGCCGCUGCUUCUCAUCUCGUUCUUGUACCUCUCCCGCGUCGUUUGGAUCGCGUAUGCAGCGAUCUGCCUCGUUUCGCGCUGGCUCAAGCGCAGCGGCAACAAGCGCCGUUUUUCCCAAAUCGACCCGACGCUGUUGGCGGUCGUCGUCUCGAUCUAUGGCCCGCUUCUGACGUGGCUUGGCAGCAACGUGAGCUUUUUUCUCUCGACCUACAGCUACCUCCUCGACUGCCUUGUCUCGGAUGAAGACGAAGCAAUCGAAGUCUUCCUCGUCGCCAUCUUUUACAUGGUUCUCAUGGGUAGCAUGCCGCUGCUGUACGGCUUUGGUGUCCCUUAUCUGCGCCAUCGAAAAAUUACGCCGCUCACUCGGUCCUUCUACGCCAGCUGGCGCAACAACAAUGCAAAGAACCGGCUUUUCUUCACCGCCUUUUGUAUCAAUCACCGGCGCAACGACGACAGCGAUCUCGUCUCGCUCGGUGGGACGCUCUACUCGAUCUUUGAGCUCAACCCAAGGUAUCAAGUGUCGCCGGCGAUUUGCAGCCGCGCCGCCGAUGUCUUUGUCCUCUGCUAUGAACGAGACGUUCCCCGAGCCAAGAUCCGACUGAGUCUCUUGUCCAACUUGGAUUGCACUGCCUCGCAGCACCACGCGGCGAUUCCCGACGCCGACAGUCCCUCGCACUACAUUGUCAAUGAGCUUUUACGCCCCCUUGCCCAAACGUUUGCCUCAGAGACGCUGAAAAAACCACAGCGGACGUCGGCUGCCGCGCCUCUCUGCAUUGCUCGACCCAAACUACUAUCCGAGUGGUGCAUGUAG